AUGGCGCCCAGUAUCACACAAGUUAUCAAUGUCCGGACGCCGGCUGCUAGGCGGCAGCUAGCAAAGACGACGGUCGAUCUCUUCCGCAACCUGCUCUUUNUGUUGUUCAUCGUUCGAUACUCUCGAGUCGCCUUUAUCCACCUCUACGGCUAUGGACCCGUCGCUAGUGCAAAGAUGGGCUACGCCGCCAUCCGCAAGUCCCUGUACCGCAUAUUCCUGAAGCUGCCCGGCGUACGAGGCAAAGUGCAAGCCGAAAUCAAGCAGUCCUUGGACGAACUGGAGAAGAAACUCGUGCCUUCUGGUCCUGGAAUUACAAGAUACACAGCACUUCCUGCAUCAGGAUGGGGUCCUGAUCAAGUGCGCGCCGAGCUAGAGAAGCUGCACGAGAUGAAACAUACACGCUGGGAGGACGGAAGAGUUUCUGGCGCUGUGUACCACGGUGGUAAAGAGCUUCAGGACCUACAAAUGGAGGCUUUUGGCAAGUUUGGUGUUGCGAACCCUAUUCAUCCAGACGUCUUUCCUGGAGUCAGAAAGAUGGAGGCAGAGGUCGUGGCAAUGGUCUUGGGCAUGUUCAAUGCACCUGCCGAUGCUGCAGGAGUCACAACCAGCGGAGGCACAGAGUCCAUCAUCAUGGCUGUCCUCAGUGCCAGAGAAAAGGCUCGCAUAGAGCGUGGUGUCACCAAGCCCGAAAUCAUCCUGCCCGAAACAGCACACACUGCCUUCCGCAAGGCAGCCGCCUACNUCAACAUCACUGUUCACUACGUACCUUGCCCAGCACCUGCCUACAAGGCUUCUCUAUCACACGUCUCUCGCCUUCUGAACAGCAACACUGUCCUCCUCGUCGGCAGCGCCNCCAACUUCCCUCACGGCAUCAUCGACGACAUCCCAGGUCUCUCGCGCCUCGCUCUCCGCAGAAACAUCCCUCUCCAUGUCGAUUGCUGUCUCGGCUCCUUCCUUGUUCCUUUCCUCGAACGCGCAGGCUACACCACCGAGCCCUUCGACUUCCGCGUCAAAGGCGUGACCUCCAUCUCCUGCGAUACCCACAAAUACGGCUUUGCCCCCAAGGGAAACAGCACUUUACUCUACCGCAACUCUUCACUGCGCAAGUACCAAUACUUUAUCAGUCCGGAUUGGAGUGGAGGUGUGUAUGCUUCUCCCUCCAUGGCUGGGUCUCGUCCUGGCGCAUUGAUUGCAGGUUGUUGGGCGAGUAUGAUGAGUGUAGGCGAGCAAGGCUAUAUCUCUUCUUGCCACAGCAUCGUAGGUGCAGCAAAGAAACUCGCCGAAGGUCUUCGCAGCCGCGAUACUCUUCGCUCCGACCUUUACAUCCUAGGCAAACCACUUGUCAGUGUUGUAGCUUUCUCUUCUGAUACUUUGGAUAUCUACAACAUUGCUGAUGGCAUGAGUGGCAAAGGCUGGCAUUUGAAUGCUCUGCAAAGCCCUGCUGCCAUUCAUGUUGCUGUUACUCUGCCUAUUGUACCUGUUAUUGACGAAUUACUCAACGACUUGGAAACUUGCGUGCAAGAGGAAAGAGAAAAGCAACGACAAGCUGCCAUAGAUGGCAAAAGUAAACCCCUCAAGAAGGNNGGAGAUGCAGCUGCGUUGUACGGUGUUGCCGGUGCUCUGCCCGAUAAGAGUGUGGUAGAGGACUUGGCAGCAGGGUUCUUGGAUUGUUUGUACAAGGCUUGA